AGAAGAGGGCAGGGGCUUUGAAAUCACAAUAUGCCCCAAAUAACAAGCCUUCGCCUCCUAGCCUCUUCUCUAUUUCUCUCUCCUCUUAAACCAUCCUCUCUCUUCUUCAAACCCAGAAACCUAUCAACAACUCUCAGACCCACUUCGUUUUUCACUGUCUUCUCUUCCUCUUCCUCUUCCUCUUCCAAGAAACACCAUUCUCGUCCUUUCAAUAUAGCUCGCAGAAACAACACAUCAUCCACAGAAAGUGAAAAAGGGGUUGCAAUGGAAGAAACUAAGCCAUUUGGGUUUAACAAGAGAAGGGCUGAGGGUAGAGAUAAGAGUGACCAGCCAAAGAAGAACCUUCAGUUGAAGGCCCGAAAGCUCAACCCUGUCAAUACCAUAUCCUAUGUUCAGAUUAUGGGUACUGGAAUGGAUACUCAUGACACAUCGCCAUCAGUAUUGCUUUUCUUUGACAAACAAAGAUUUAUAUUUAAUGCUGGGGAAGGAUUGCAACGUUUCUGCACUGAGCAUAAGAUUAAGUUGUCAAAGAUUGAUCACAUAUUUCUCUCUCGUGUCUGCUCAGAAACUGCGGGUGGACUUCCAGGUCUUCUGUUAACUUUGGCUGGCAUUGGAGAAGAAGGAAUGACAGUGAAUGUGUGGGGUCCCUCAGAUCUGAAGUAUUUAGUUGAUGCAAUGAAAUCAUUCAUCCCUAAUGCUGCCAUGGUUAACACACGUAGCUUUGGACAUGCACCUGGUUCUAAUGGUGUUGCUAUUCCUGAUUCAAGGAAGUUUCCUGACCCUAUUAUCCUCAUUGAUGAUGAAAUUGUCAAAAUUUCAGCUAUUCUUCUGCACCCAAGUGGCUCGGAAGGGUCUGAACUGAUGAAGGUAGAACCAAAUACAAUAAAUGCUUCAGAAUUGGGUGUAGGAGAGAGAAGGGAUCAAUUUCCGGAACCUCUUUCACCAAGAAGUCAAAAUAGUGAAGCCGAGGUUGUUUUAAAGGCUGGUGACAUUUCUGUAAUUUAUGUUUGUGAAUUGCCUGAAAUUAAGGGCAAAUUUGACACCAACAAAGCGGCGGCUCUUGGAUUGAGACCUGGGCCGAAGUAUCGUGAACUGCAACUUGGGAAUUCAGUGAAAUCGGACUAUCAAGACAUCAUGGUUCAUCCAAGCGAUGUGCUGGGUCCUUCUGUUCCUGGUCCUAUUGUGCUCCUUGUUGACUGCCCGACAAUAUCACAUUUGCAACAAUUAUUGUCUCUACAGUCUCUCAACAGUUAUUAUACAGAUACAACUGGCAACCGAGCAGAGAGUUCCAAGAUUGUGAACUGUAUAAUUCACUUAAGUCCUGCAUCUGUCAUAAAUACUAGUGAUUAUAAAAGGUGGAUGACAAAAUUUGGUGGAGCCCAACAUAUAAUGGCAGGACAUGAGAUGAAGAAUGUCGAGAUUCCAAUUUUAAAAUCCAGUGCUAGAAUUUCAACACGGCUUAAUUACCUGUGUCCCCAAUUCUUUCCGGCUCCAGGUUUUUGGUCUCUUCAACAACUGGAGUGCUCAGCAUCUAGCUCCGGGGCAUUUAAUGAGGGUCCUGUUUCAGAGCUUUGUGAAAGCGUUUCUGCUGAAAAUCUCUUAAAGUUCCAUUUGCGUCCUUAUGCACAGCUUGGAUUGGACCGAUCUGGUAUACCGAGUUUAAUGACUCCCUCUGGACUUAUUGAUGAGUUAAUUUCAGAGAUUCCAGAGAUUGUAGAUGCUGCGCAGCAAGUUACCAAGCUCUGGCAUGGAGGCAGAGAAACAAACGAGGAGACGAAUCACAUGCAAGAUAACAAUAUGAUGAUUGAAGAACCAUGGUUAGAUGAAAAUGUUCUUCCUAGUUGUUUAGAAGAUAUAACAAGAGAAGAUGUAGAGAUCGUUCUUCUGGGGACUGGUUCAUCCCAGCCUUCAAAAUACCGAAAUGUUAGUUCUAUCUUCAUUAACCUUUUCUCUAAAGGAAGUUUACUCCUGGAUUGUGGUGAAGGAACCCUGGGACAGCUAAAAAGAAGGUUUGGUGUUGAAGGUGCCGAUAAUGCCGUGCGAGGUUUAAGGUGUAUAUGGAUUUCUCAUAUUCAUGCUGAUCAUCAUACUGGUCUUGCAAGAAUACUUGCUCUACGUCGUGAUUUGUUGAAGGGAGUGCCGCAUGAACCUUUGCUUGUCGUUGGUCCUAGGCAACUUAAGAGAUUUUUAGAUGCAUACCGAAGGCUUGAAGAUCUAGAUAUGCAGUUCCUUGAUUGCUGGAACACUGUGGAAUCUUUAUGGGAUGCUUCUGAAUCAAAUAAUGGUCAAUCCAAUCCCGGAAGUUCAAAUGGUUUAGAGAAUAAAAACAAUGGAAGCUCGGUUGAGCUAACAAAUCAGGAUAUUGAUUCUACUUUGUUUGCUAAAGGAAGUCGUAUGCAGAGCUAUUGGAAGAGACCGGGUAGUCCUAUUGACAAUAGCGUGGCUCUUCCUAUCCUAAAGAACUUGAAGAGAGUGCUCAGAGAAGCUGGUUUAGAAGCUUUGAUUAGUUUUCCUGUUGUUCACUGUCCACAGGCUUUUGGUGUUGUCUUGAAGGCAUCAGAUAGAAUCAGUCGUGUUGGAAAAGUGAUACCAGGGUGGAAGAUAGUGUACUCUGGUGACACUAGGCCCUGCCCAGAACUAGUAAAAGCGUCUCAUGGAGCAACAGUCCUUAUACACGAGGCAACAUUUGAGGAUGCAAUGGUGGAGGAGGCUAUAGCAAGAAACCACAGCACGACAAAGGAGGCUGUUGAAGUGGGGGACUCUGCUGGAGCAUAUCGCACCAUCCUUACACACUUCAGCCAGAGAUACCCUAAAAUUCCAGUUUUAGAUGAAACUCACAUGCAUAAAACAUGCAUUGCUUUCGAUAUGAUGAGUGUUAACUUAGCGGAUCUACAUGUGCUUCCAAAGGUUCUCCCAUUCCUCAAACUCCUUUUUAGAGAUGAGAUGAUUGUUGAUGAAUCUGAUGAUGUUGUAACCGCUGUAGGUGCAGCUUCGUAAAUGACUUAUUCUUUCAUGCAUGAUUCCGGAGUUAUAUUACUUUUUCUUUA